AUGGCGGUCGCCACCGGUGGACGUUUCGCCGAACGCUCCGCGUCGGUGAAGCCGAUCGGACGCGAGCGCCCAGAACGUCGCGCGCGGCGUCGAGUGGUGCGCGUGGCGUCGACUCGCGACGCUCGACUCGUGGAGCUUUAUUCGGGCAUCGGCGCCACUCGACUCGCGCUGGAGCCUCUGGUGACGCUUAAAAGCGCCAUCGCGGUGGAUAACUCCGACGCCGCGAACGCGGUGUACGAGGCCAACUUCGCCGACGCCCCGCGAAGAGUCAACGUAGAGCACCUGGACUUGAAUGCGCUUUUCGCAUCUGGGAACGGGGACGAGGGACGACAGGGACGAAGGAACGACUACGUGUUGACUGUUUCUCCCCCGUGUCAGCCGUACACGCGACGAGGCAAAGGCUUGGCGUCCGAAGAUCCGCGCGCUCGAAGCUUUCACGCGGUGAUUGAUCAGCUGCGCGCGAUCGAGCACGUUCCCAGACGUAUAUUUGUCGAAAACGUCGUCGGCUUUGAGUCGAGCGACACGAGACGCGCGCUAUUGAACGCGUUAGGAAGUCGGCGAUACGACGUGAGGGAGUUUAUCGUUAGUCCGAUGGCGUUGGGCAUUCCGUAUUCGCGUUCUCGUUACUACUUGAUCGCGACUUUGCGCGAGGGCGGGUUUCGCGCUCCGACGCCGGCGUGGCUUGCGGGACGAGAAUUAAACGACGACGGAUCCGUCGUCACCUCUGACGCGCAGAGCAGUCCGUCAUCGUCAGCGACGCUCAGUGAGUACAUAGUCGCCGACGCGGAUGGGCGAGUGGACUUAUUGUUGAGCCCAGAUACGAUCAAGAAGUAUCGUCGCAUGCUCGACGUGGUGCACGCGAAGAGUCGGCGGUGCUCCACAUUCACGUCAGGUUACGGCAGUACAGUGUUCGGGGGCUCAGUCGUACUUCGCGGCGGUAACGAUGAGCUUGUGUCGAUGUUGGAAGUAGAUGUAAACGAGACGUCGGGCGUCGCUCGAAUCAGCGAGCGAGACAUCGAACGUUUCGUCGGCGAAUUGCGCUGGUUCGCCGUUGAAGAAAUCAAGAGGCUGCACGGCGUGCGGCGAGAUUUCACGUUCGACGCGUGUUCGACGAAGAAGGCGAUAUUCCUCCUCGGCAACUCGAUAUCGGUCGACGUCGUUCGCGAAGUGCUGCGCCAUUUGAUUCAAGACGGUUAG